AUGGGUAUUGGUUGGGGGUGGCGGCGAUACUGCGCCGUUUGGUUGGGGGGGUCUGUAGGAGUAGGAGGGACCAAGCAAUAAUCUCUUAUAUUGAAAGCACGACCCGGCAGCUGACAGAAUUUAUCUUUAAACCACCACUCCAUUUUCAGCAUCGUAGCUCUGUUUCGUUGCAUCCAGUCACCUGCCGACUGACCGCACCAGCAUUACACCCCGCUAACGCUCCAAAAAUGAAGAUUGAGAGCAAUCUGCCUUGCCCUCAGCUCCCUGAAUCCCCUCCUCAGAUGGGGCUGCAGUUUUCUGUGGCAACCGAGGAGGACUUUGAUGAGAUCAUGGCCAUGAGUCAGGACAUCUAUGGUGGCCUUGACUACCUCCCCACCCGCUACCAGGCUUGGCUGCAGGAGACUAAUCGUACAGUCAUCCUGGCCAGGAAACAAGGAAAAGUGAUUGCCCUGGAGUCUGUAUGCGUGAUUGAUGAUGGCGAAACAGUGUUGGUAGAGGGGCUACGUGUUGCCCCCCAGGAGCGUGGCAAAGGGGUGGCUGGUGUCCUCCUCCGGUUCUGUUCACAGCUGGUAAAAUCCAAAUACCCCGACGUAAAAGUGACCCGCCUGACCCGUGAUGAUAAGCUGGGGCCCAAGGACUUCCAGAAGUAUCGGAUCAUCACCAAACAGGCAAUCCUCUUGGUUCGAUUCAGAGCUGAAGAUCUCAAAUUGCGCCUGGCUGAGCUGGGGCCAGAUGCAGGGCUCCCUCCAUCUCAGUCAUUGCCCCCUGUACGCCUGGACCACACAGCGGUACACCAGCUCUUCCUAAGUACCGGGCUGAUGCGGGACGUCCUGCCCAAUGCCACCAUUGUCCAGGAUUGGCAGCCCUUCAAACCCCUACCUAGCAACAUGGCCAUCUUGCUGAAGAAGGAUAUCGACUGGAUGGUGGAUGAUGCCCGCGACCCAACUGUAGCCAGCCUCUGCACUUUUCCCUUCCGUGUGCCCAUUGGAGAUGAAUGGUACUACCUCAACAUUGAUGUCUUUGGAAAAGAUCUGAACCUGGCACGCCAGCAAUUUGUGUCACACCUGCGUCGCCACACUGACGCACUGAAAGGCCACGUUAUGUGCCAGAUAUUCCUAGAUCCACCACUCUGGAGGCCCCUGGCUGAUUUCUGCUGCGACACCCUGGGAGUGGAGUUAGUGAAGGAGUACACUGAGCAAUGUGUGGUUGAGUCAGAUCUGAUGUAAUGGGAACAAGAACAAGCCAGAAGAAUCCUAGUGAUCCACCCCCAUCCAGGAAAUCAUCCCACUAAAAUAUGAAAAGCAUCACUCCAUGUUACCAGUAAAGCACCUCCAGGAAAUAGCUAAACAUUUAAGUCAAUUAUUGAUCAAAUUCUAACUUAAAAGAGGAAGACUGUGAUCAGAACAGAAUGCUUCAACUGAUAUUCAAGCUUCCUGCCAUUUAAAAAAACUUUCCACCAUAAACACACAAACAAAUAAACAACAAAAAUAUAUUCGGGAAUAAUUUGAAAUGCGGACUUAGGACAGGUAUUUAAGCUGAAUUAGACUCACACAGUUGUUAGCUGCGUUAGCCUAUAUGUACUACAGUUUACACAAGCUGAUGUGCAAAUAGGUCUGCACAACUUUUGAGGCACUUUAUAAUAAUUAAUGGGUGACCAUGUACUGUAAAUUUCAGAUUGGUCAGUCUAGCCAAUUAACGUUAAUACUGGCAAAAACAAUGUCAGCCAUGCUCUUCAAUUAUGAAUUCUAAAACAACUGUAAUGAAUUUUAAGGGAUCACAAAGCACAAAAUUUAUCAAAUGAUCAAACAAUACCUUGUUCCUCUGUCAAAGAUUUUUAAACAAGCUCCUAUUUGGACUGUAGUACUUCUUUCAGAACAUUUGGAUUAACUUCAAAUAUAAAAACGUUUUGCAGGAAAGCAUGCUUUUCCCAAUUAAAAAUAUUUCUCAUAAUUACACCUGAUCACCAGUUACUUGCAAAGCUGAAUCUCAAUAAUUCAGACAUUCAAAUGAAUAUGUACCCUAUGUUACUCUGUUAACCAUUCCACCCCAUCUCCUGAUAGGGGAUGGUAGAUGUAUCAAUAAGUUUAAUCAAAGACACUAAUGACACUAAUAACAAAAUGAAUAGCUUUAGUAACUUUGAUCAGUGAUUAAUCAGGUGUAUAUUUUAAAGUGCGUUCUGUGACGUCAAAGCACACAAAGUAAAUAUUUAUAGAAACAUCCAGAUGAAGUUGCGAGAUGAGUCACAUGGCAAUUUCAGUUUUUUGUGUGCUCACUGUCACAGAUUGAUCUAUGAAUGAUUUAUUUCUGUUCCACUGACUUCUAACUUUUAAGACAACUUCCUAUUUGUUUAUUUUUGCAUUUUUUUUGUCUGUAUUGCUUUUUUAUUUUUAUUUAAUGUAUCUAUAUAUAAAAAAAUAAUAUAUUUGCAGCAGAUUCAGUAGACAUUUUUAAUUAGUGUUGGAAUCUACACUGGUAGUUUGAAACGCUUCCCUAUUCUAAUUUAUUUUUGAGUAAUAUUUAAUCUAAUUAUGUUUUUGAAUAUAUGUUACUAGAAUAAUCAUAGUGUUCAUCCAUACUCAUUUGUUUUUUUAUUUCUUGGACCAUGUGGUCUUUUAAAGGAUUUUCUGAAACGUUACAAAUACCUUUUGAAAUAAACUUCAGAAUGAGCCCAAAAACUGAUCAGAAAACAAACACUACAAACACUAUUUAUUAUAUAAAUAACUCAUACAUAAUAAAAUAAUAUAUACAAAUAGGGAUAUACAAAGAGCACUAGAGUCUGGGAUGAUGUCAUGUUUUCCUUUAAAACCUAUCCCCUUUAAUGUUCUCACAAUAAAUAUUUUAGUAGCUCUAUACCCCCUUGCGUAAAUAAGGUGACACUUUCAAUUUGAAAAUUUUAUUAAUUUCACAGUUCAUCAUUAUGCCAGUUUUAAUCUGGUCAUAACAUGUUUAUUGCUGUUUUCUUCCUGUACUUACAAACAAAGAUAAGCAGAUUCUAAAAUCUAUGACAGAGCAAAAAAAAAAAAAAAAGGCAACAGAAAUAUCCAAUAUAUGUGCUGAGGGUUUGCAACUUAGUACUGUUUCUGUAAAAUUUAGCACGGUCUGGACCCCACCUGUGCCUUUAUUUUAAGAACUCAGAGACAAAUCUAGUGCUUUGUUAAAAUAAAUUUGCCAACUUUGCAAAGUCCAAUGAAUUGCAGUGGUUCAGAUAAUUUUCCUCCAGCACUGCAUCUGUGACAUUCAUUGUGGUCUGUGCUACUUGCAAAACCAAAUAGUAUAUGCUUCAAAGAGCUCUGUUCCUUCAGCACCCAGCCCACUCUAACCCUGUUGGCUACAUUGAACAAGAUAGACAAUUGCACAGACGAAUCAUAGCCCAUACGUAAUUAUGCCGCAUUAUUGAAAGUCAUGAUUUGUGUAGCUUGAGUCAUGACAUAAGCUGAACAGAGGCCCCCCUAGUGAGAUCUGGUGAGGAAAGGUUUGUAAAACCGUGCAUGUACAGUAUUGCGUCAAUUGCACAACUUUUUGCAUCAUUACACAUAACAUGUUUUCAUGUAAAGGUUUCACAGAUACAAUGUCACAAAUACAGUGUCAAAAUCAAAUUAAUAACAUUAAUAAAGAUCUUAUUAUGAGCACUUUGUCAGAAAGAAUUAAGCUAAAAUAUUCAUUAUAUUAUGUACUUAUAUUGAUUCAUCUUAGGCAGAAAAAAAUCAUUUUUUGACCUCGACCAUUCAGAGGGACUAUUACUUGCCUCAUAGAAACUCAUGUGGGAAAGCAUUCAACCAAGAUUUAUGGACUUUUUGAGUUAGGAAAGAAAUUAAUGAGGAAGAAUUUCAUCACAGGCAAAACUGAAAAUUCCUUCAGUGGGACCACAGCCCACCUCAUUACAGGAUUUAAUCACUGCCAAUUAAGACUGAGCAGAAUACAGAGAUAAAGACACAUCAAGAAAAAUUAAUAUUUUUCAGCCAGUUUCAGCAACUGUUUUUUCCUCCAAUUUAAUACUUUUUGAAAACAUUGGACCAAGUUCUGGGAUGAAUAAACAGAAAAGAGGAAAUGCAGCCAAAUGCAAACAUGACAUCCCUUUAAAAUCUGCAAAUCCUACAGUUAACAUGAUUCUACAUUUACACCCAGCCUUACCCUACCUGUGUACCCAGGGAAACUGCUACCAACCGGUCCUAAGAACGAGCCACUCAACCACUAUCUAAUGAGGUUUCUCAGUCUAUGCCCUCUCCAUCCAUUGUUGAUCAAUUUGAGGAAAAACCUUAUCUGAAUUGCAUUUAAUCCCAUGAAGACACGCAAUUCCUUUUUUUUUAUAUGAAGAUGCAACAGAAGAUGCUGAAGAUUCUCUUUGUGAGUUCUGGACAGAGAAGACAGGAAGAAAAUGCAACUGACCUAUGGUGACAGAGGAAGGCCAAUAUAUGCAGCUGUGCAAUCUAAAAGCUGCCCACGCACACCUGUCUCUUCAGUCACUAUCCUAGUCUGAACAUUUUACCCCCAUGGCUUCACACAUCCCCACACCCCAACCUUUUAUGUGAAAGGAACUUCCCACUCAGUCCAACACCUCUUCAAAAACAUCAGGGAUAUUAAAUGUUCAACCAAUGCUGUUUUCUUUCAGUUACAAAAAAAAGAGAAGAAAUCAGGGAUUUUCAAACAAAACUGGAAAAGUUUUUACAGCUUAAGGUUCCUGGACAGACCAAACUCAGUUUAUUUAUUUUUUUCUUCACAUCAAGCAGUAUACCACUUGAAAGUCUGGUUGCAAAAGGUAUUAAUAAAUCAGAGUUAUAAGAACAUAUAUCUGAUGGGGAAUCUUCUAGAAUCAUUAACUCCCAUUUUGGAAUCCAUUCUGGCUAUCUUGGUUUCUGAAGAAAUUAAAUGUUUAGUUAUGGGGGAUCUUUUUGAUGUAAAGAGGUUUCAUUAUUGAAAGUGGUGUGAAGGGAUGUCCUUUUUCCAGUUGCCGAGGAAAAUACUGGAUAGGGUAUUUGAUGAGAAAAAAAUCCUUUUGGAAGAGGAUCCUUGAAGGACUUUGUCCUCCCUUAAUUUCAUAUUUCAAACAUAUGUAUUUCAAAUAAUUAAACUAGAAUAAACCAUGCCCAUUCUCAUUUUCCCUGUUGCUGGCAAUUGGAAAAAAGUAGCCCACUUUGUUAGAGGGCUAUGUUCAUAUGUGACUGUUCACCUUGUUGCUGUGCACAGAAGAUUGUGUCUUCUGUGCACAAACUUGUAAUGCCACACAUAUAUAUGUAUACUGUAACCUUAAUUCUACUUGAAAAUGUGCAAUUGGUUUUACUAAGUUCUUAUUUUAGUUUCCACAUUGUCAUUCUUGCAACAUUUUUAGAAAAUGAACAAUAAAGAGCAUGAUGGCAUGUGGAAACUAAGUUGGAACAGGAGUACAACAUGGCCAGAAUGGACUGCAACAUGCUGACACUUUUAUGGGAGAUGGAUUCUGGUUUUAUAACUACAUUCUAUUUAUUCACACCUAUUUAUGUGGCCAAUCCAUUAAUGUAAAAUGACCUUCUCCAAGCCCCCCGCAUAUACCCUUGCACCCACAUUUUCCCAUUACCCAACAAAACCUCUAGCAUUAUGAAGUGUUACUGGAGUGGACACUAGUUUGUUCCAGGCAGGGUACAGUAUAAUCUGACAACUCCUCCUUCGCAUGGAAGGAGGAACCUCCUGCUCUUCAGAUGGACUUAAUAACUGAUAAUUGCUUGUUAAUUUUGGUGUUCCUAUUUACAUACACAACAAGAGCCCAGAUACUAUAAUGAGGACCCUCAAGCAAGCAUGCUAUGCAGACAUUUACAUUUUCAUAUAAAUGACAUGGAAUUCCAAUGUGAUUUACUGAAUAUAUGAGCAUCUUCAGCAAGUGCGCAUGCUCCUCAACUUAUGUUCUCCAUGUGCACAAGUGUUUUUUUUAAUCAUGGCUCUGCUAUGUGUAUGAAUAACUAGGAACUAUAUGCAUGUGGGGGUGAAAAGCUUGACUGUUUAACACAAUGUUUGCUUUUGGGGAAAAUAGAUUUGAGUAGGAAAUGAUCGAAGGUUACUCUGUCUAAACUUGUGCCCAGUCCUGUGUUCUCUCCUGGGAUGGUUUCUGUGCGGAGAGGACAUUGACAUGUUGAGUAUACAGCACUCAGCACGCACAGCUGGGCUGACUGGCCUAGAUGUUGCUCCUGCUCUCCUGUAAUGUGGAGAUACACUGAACUGGUAGUGCGAGAGAGAGAGAUACAGGAGGGAGUGGCAGAUGGAGAAAGCUUUUUUUAUUUGUUCAAAUCAAUCUUGGAAAAUGAUUACAUUGAUUUAUAAAUUGACCACAAAUCCUACUUAGCAUAGCCAAGCACCUGAGAAACAGAUAUGUGAAUGGAAUCAGUGUAAUUGGAUUUAUAUCCAAUUUUACCCCAGAGCGCAAACACAAUUACUGAUGCUGUGACUGAGUUCCAGUGACAUCUCGACUUCGAUCAUUUCUCCCCAAAUCACAUCAUUGCAAGUGGAAAAAAACAGAUAUCUUACAUUCAAAGGAGUCCCAAGGGUUCGUUCCAAAACAUUUUGUGUGUAUAUAUUUUGUGCACUCUGCAUACAGUGGUGUGUAAUGGAAUGUCAUAUUAUAAUAUCUGAUCACCCAGUGUCAUCAGAUAUUGCAGCUUAUUAUAGGUACAUUAUCUAUAGUAUCUGAUUGGCUUGUAAAGUGAGAUUGGGUAUAAAAGGGGAUUGAAACAACUCAUGGUCGAGUCAUAGUAUUUGGAGGAAAACCAAGACACACUUUUCUAUGCAGAGUAUCUGGCUUUGGCUGAGGGUUUGUCACAGUUUUGGAAAUGUUAACAUGAUGAUCAAAAGGUCCCUAUUUGUAUUUCUUGAUUUCAUUGUUGAAGGAAAUACAGGUUUUUCAGGCUUCAAAAUGUAUUAUUUUCCAACUUUUUUCUUGUUGGGGGUUGGCCAAUGGAAUUUAGGUAAUAUGAUUUCUACUUUUCUGUGUCCUAAACAUACGCUGCGUGUGCUUGAACACAACAAAUCUAGUUGGCUCAUGUUAUACUCCACAAAUCUGGGGUUGGUCCAUAUAUUUGACCCUGCAGCAAAUUAAAUACUUUAAAUCUCCAUAAAAGCAAUUUUUUAAAGCAACAGAAAAGAUACCUAUUGGCCAAACUCCUAUUGUGACCGUCUGUAAAUUGUUCAAUGUUGUUUUUCAUUAUGGAUCACUUUUUUUUACAGCUCAUCAGUUAUUGAUUUUAUUAUUAGUUUUCCUCUCUUUACAUCUCUUUCUCACUCUCUCUUUCUCAUUUUUAUUUGUUUUCAUCGCAAUGCUUUUAUUUAAAUGUGAGAUAAAUAUACCAGGCAAAGGCUUUAGAGUCUAAACCACUCUCAAACGCGGAUCUUAUGUAUAAUGUAUAUAAAUACAAUGCACACACAUUAUGUACUGCAGAUCAGUUCAUUCAAGUGGCCAGCUGCACAGUGCAUACCCCCGUGUGGAUGUGAUAAUUUAUUUUGUGGAGGGGGGUAGCAGGGAGUUGACAGGAGGCAUGAGGUCAUGAGGGUGUCAGGUGGAGCCCUUUACUCUCAUUCUGCAGAUGGAUUUUCACCUUUUUUUGGACUGAAAACAAAGACAGGAAGGAGUGGUAGGCUGGACAAAACUGAUAGCUUGCUCUCUGUAACCGGAGUCUGUAUCCCUCUGCUCACUUUACCAAUUUCAUAAUGAGACAGAAGAGAAGCAGCAGAAGCUCACGAGGGACUACUACUUGCCAUUGUGCUUUUGAAAGACAGCCAUUUCCUUAAUAAAAACCUUUUAGAAAAACAGAGGCAUUCAUAAUUUGCCUUAUGUUGCCUUUUGUAGUCAUUUAAUGCAGAAAUCUAGAACCAUGCAAGUUCUCUGUGGUAUCUUUCUCUGCCUUACCUUCUGACAAAAAAUAAGAUUCUCAGAUUCCUAAUUGAGUCAGACUAAAACACAGACCAUGGUAUUUAGCUGUGGAAUCCUUAUGGCACUGCUGUCUAAUCACAAUAACAGAGGAAAGGUAUAUUCUUUCUUGGGUUAUCUGGACCAAUAUUGUUAAUAAAAACAAUAUAGGGAUUAGUUUAUUGGAUGAACCAAAUGCAGGGAGAACUUGGCAUGCUAGAUCAGGACAGAGACAGUUUCAGGCUCAUAUAAACAUGCUCUCUUAUACAAUCAGUCAAUGGCAUCAGUCACAUCCUUUUCUUUUGGGACAAAACUGAAUACUACGGUCAAAAAAGAAAUGGAAAAAAGAAUUGUGCUGGGUGCUGUUUACCUUGAUCUAGGUCUCUCUUGUCUUUAGGGAGCUGAUUGCUUUGUGGCUGGGAAGGAGGGCAGUUAUUUGUUUUUUUAAAGAAUGCUUAAGGACAGUUGUCUGUCUGAUUGUGCCAGUCAGAUCCAAAUGUCCAGUGUUUACUUGACCUACUGUGGUGUAAACCCGAUCCUUCAUUUUGACUUUAUAACCAUCUUCAAUUGGUUAACUCCCUCACAUGUCCCUGCUUGUUUUUGUAACAUGGAAAACUAGAGUACCAAUCAGGGAGAGUGGCUGUUUGUGAUGUCUUAUGUUGUGAUUCGUGGAAUAAUGGUUUAUUGAGUAUGAAUGGUGGUUUCACUGCUCAAAGGGUGACAGCCUCCGUGUAUGUGUGCAUGUUUGUUUGUCCAUCAUAUAAGUAUAUCUUUACAUCUGCUUCAUAUGGCAUUGAAAUGAAUUGGCUAUUUGGCAGACUCGUUCUCUUUGCAGUGUGUCCUUUAAACUAAAUUAAAUUGCACUUAAUCCCCUAUGGGGACUUGAGAACCAGCAAGAUUCAUAUUUAUAUGCACAACACAUGCGAUGGAGUUAACAUCCAUCAGUGCUUGGAUUAGUAAUGGGACUCACUCAUUCACUUACACUCUCUCUCUCACACACACACACACACACACACACAGGAAGACACAAAUACUAGAGUUACUAUCCAGGCUUGUGAUCCUGCGACACUAGGGGGUGGUUAGAGUUUCAGGACUUACCCUUGAGUGAAACUGGAACCAGAGCUGUUCCACAGUGUCUGGUUGCUGAGACAGAGCCCUCUUUCAAAUUUGACUCUAUGGGUGCCACUAGUUGUGCUGGAAUAUGGCCCUUGUAAUCUCCUUCACCUUGUCACUGUAGAGUGCAGGUGGAAACAUUCAAGAGGAGUUGCACAGACAUUAUAAAUGGGCAGUUCACACAAAAAUUAAAUUAAAGUAUGUUUAAACUUACCCAGAGUAAUGUCUAUCCAUUCAAAUAAUUUCAAGAUUUAACCAGUUUUCUAAAUAAACGCUGAAACUUACACUGUUACAGUGGACCUCAAGGGGUCUAGCUUGUGUGGUCUCAAAGUGCCAAAAAUUUGAAAAACUCAAUAACAACAUCUCUUUCCAAAUAUAAUUCCAUGGUUACUCACAAACAUCCACAGUGCUAAAUUUGUGCACUGUUUGAUCAAAAUCUACUGUGUAUAUCUGUGCACCAUUUGAUCGAAAACUACAGUGUAUAUCUGUACGAAGUGGAAGAAAACACGCCAAUAUUUUGGGGAGCACUGUCAACGUUCUUUUAAAAUUGUUUCAGCAUUAUUUUAACAAUGUUAAUGUGCUCCCCAGAAUACUGGCAAAUUGGUUGACCAUUUGAACGGAUAUACACGGUUGAUGUACUUCAUAGAAAGUGGUAUUAGAUGAAAAUGUGAACAAAUUAAACCCUGUCGAUGUUUGUGAAACCACAAAAAUUGAGUUAAAUAGUUUGAGGGUUUUUAGCUUUCAUUGGGUGAGGUGAGGUGUAAUUUCUUGGUGAUAAUAUCUAGUAUGAGUCAACUUAUCUAGUGCUUCAGGUUAACCGUGAAUACAAUUUUAAUAGAUUAUUGUUGGCAAGGGUAAGUUACUGAUACCUUUCUGCCUCCAAGUGUUGUUGGGGUCAACGUAUCCAUAAAUAGUUUUACUGUAAACUUUUUCUCAUUAUACACAAAUAGAAAAAUCUUAUUUUUCUAUACUUAAUGGAAAAGACCUUUUCUUAAAUGAUUUAAACUUCCCAUAUUUUGGGGUAGUGAUUGUUCAUUUUUACAUUUCUUUCCCUAUCAUUUUCUCACACAAAAUUUUUUUCUCUCUUAUUUUUUAAUUGUUUUUUACAUGGUUAUUACUGUUUUAUGAAGAAUGCUUUGGUACAUAUAAACAAAACCAACUGUGUUUGUAGGUUUUUAUGUUUUUUUUUUCACAACAAAUGAGUAACAAUUUGUCAGAAUUAAGAAAUAGCAAAAGAGAGGAAAUCAAAAGAGAGGCAGAAUUGCUAAAAUGCUGAAUCUUCUUAAAAUUAAUUUGUCCAGGGACAAUAAACCUUUUGUAAAACUAGGCCACCAUGUAUAAAACUGCACUGCAUUGUAACAACAGUGGACAGAUUAUUUUGGUCACACUUUGGAAACAGCAGUGUAUAAUAAAUAAAAUAUAACAGGCUGCCUCUCUAAGACUGUAUUUCUCUCUUUUCAUCCAACUUUGUUUUAAAAAAUAUAAUAACAAGAAAUGAAGAAUGUUUCUUGUUAUUAUGUAACCCUACCAAGCCAAUAUCUUUGUGAACUGUGAACAUUCUACUGUCUUCUACUUGUACUUUACCUGUUCAUUACAUGUCAUUGUGGGAUUGUUCUGAACAUGGAAAUGAAACAGCUGGAUUUUCUACAUGGGAGAAGUUUGUACCAUGGCACCAUGGUUUGUACCAUGGUUUGGUUUGUACCAUGUGCAUGUCAUCAAAUCCCUAUAGGAUUGUUUUUCAUAUAUUGCCUUAUGGUGUUAUGAUGUACCCUAUAUAUAUAUGACCUCAAACUUUUGAACAGCAUACUAAUAUGCAGUGUGUAACAUACUGCAUUUUCAGUGCUGUUUGCACUUUAGUACAGAAUUUCCAGUUGUGUCAUGUGAUUAGAUUAUAAUUAAUAAUACCAAGGAAGUGUUUUUGGUAACUUGUUGCAUCAAACAUGGUCAUUCAUUGGUAUAAGGUUCAGAGCCUCUUGAUCAAAUGACCCAUUGUAACAAAGCCAUCAGAUAACAUUUUUUAUCACAUAAAAUGAUAGACACUGCCUAUGUGGUGUAUAUUAAUGCAGUUGCAGUGCUGUUAAUGCUCACCCGUACAUUUUUCGUUGGUUCAAUCCUCAGCUGAGUCACACCAAAGACUUUAAAAAUGGUAUCCCAUCCUUCUUUGCUUGCUAAAGUAAUGUCCCUCUUAAGGACCAGUGUCGGGGUACAGCUUGUAUGUCAGCAUACUGAAAAAUUCAUUGAAACAAUUACCGUUUGAACCACCCAGGCUAAAAAACCACUUCUGAACAUGGCCUACAAUUUAUUAGAAUAGAAAUGGAAUGAUAAAAAUACCAGUUGUUGUGACUCAGAGAGGUGAAUCUUAAUUGAAAAAAGGACAGAGAUAUUAGAUAUAAUUUUGCAAUACAUUAAGGUCAGUAUUGUGUACUUGAGUAGAUGAUCUACCAAAAUAUUUAUUUACUGUGGUCCAAGUAAAUGACCAGUUUUGAAAAACCAUACCUGUCUCAAACUUUGGUGAGAUGAAAACUCCAGCCCAGAGCUGUGCAGAGAAGAGGUCAUUGUAUGCAAAAAAGGGUCAGAGUUUUCAUUUGGCCAAUUCUCUUGUUGCAGUCAAACAAAAAGUUUUACAAGGAGUCUCAGAAUACAAAAAUAGAGCUCAUAUUUUGUUUUAAUGAACACGUUUAUUUGAAGGUUACUGUGCUUGAAUAUCUGCAAAUGCUACAAAAUACCAUCUGGCAAAUGUUGAGAGUUAGACAUGGACUAGAUAUUGAGAUGAGACUUCUUCUAGGAACUCAUGUUUGACUGUUGAGGAAAUCAUUUUGAUGGUAUUACCAUUUAGGACACUUUGGUUGUGUCAAAAAACUAAUGUAAUUUUUCUUUCAUUUAAAAAAAAAAAUAUAUACACCCAGAUAACGCUUAUUCUCAAGCGGUGGUUUGAAAAAUUAACUGAAAACAUUUUGUUAUUUUUAUUUAUUUUUCAAAUUGUGAAAGAUGCAUAAAUAUUUUAAAUACAAUACUUUUUUUAAAACCUUACAA